AUGAAUGCAGAGGAAGUGGUUUCAUUAGAAUAUAGUAUAUUUAGUUAUAUUAAUAAUGGAGAUGAAUCGAAAUCUAUAAAGUUGUUACAAGACGACCAUUCAUUGUUGUUUGCAACCGAAGAUCACUAUGGUCUCACCAUCUUGCAUUUAGGUGCACAAAAACGUUGGUCAACCUUUGUUAAACUUAUAUUGGAGAUCUCUAGAGAUUUCAAUGAUUUCGAUGUUGAUAAACUAGAUCUGAAUGGUAACUCUGCACUUCACUAUGCUUGUUCACAUUCAAUAGCAGAGUUAAACAAUACAAAUGUUGUUGAACAAUUACAACAACAACAACAACAACAACAAACAUCAAAUAAUAACAAUAACAACAACAACAACAACAAUAAUAAUAAUAAUAAUGAAGAAAAAGAAAUGAAUCAAUUGGAGAUAGUUGAAUAUUUAUAUGAUAGAGGUGCAGAUGUAAAUUUAAAGAAUAAGAUGAACUAUCAACCUAUACAUUUGGCUUAUAGUUCAUUCAAUUUGGCGAUAUGCGAUGACAAUAGUUUGGACGACAUGCAAGCCGGUGAGACUGCACUCAUCCACUGUGCUGCCAACCCAUCUAAACUGCUGCUACUCUCAACCAUGUUACAAUUUAUAAAGGAGAACAGUAAAAUUAUUAGCGAUGUUUUAGAGUCAAAGAAUGCAAAAGGUCAGACAGCAUUGUUUGUUGCAUGUGCACUGGAUUGCCAGGAAGCUGGUGUUGUGUGGCGCCGACGUGAAUCGACCGAUGUCAGUCUAUCCUCAGUCGACACCACUGCAUGUCGCGGUGCAGCUUGGCGAUCUUGA